AUGUACCACUACUCCAGCCCACCCCCUCACGGGUGGCCUGCAUACGACUACACCAACUCUCCUCCCAUGUCGCCGCAAUACCAGUCCUACUAUCCUGCGGCCUAUGCCACUGUAUCCCCCCGGACCACCACCAAGCGUGGGCACUCUCGAAAAACCAGCUUUGCCACUCCCAGGGAAUCUGGAUUCCAUCCGGCCUACAACAACUACUACGAACCGGUAGUGCCUGAAUAUGCGUCCCCGCGCAAGCACGACAAUGUAAGUGCCUUUUCUGCCAAGAAGAAGAGGAAACACCGUGCCUCAAUGCCGGGUGACCUGCCUGCCAAUGGUUUUCGUUUUGGUUACGAUUCCGUCCGUCCCUCGCGUACGCCGAAACGACCUAUCAUUAUUGAUCUGGUUGACGACGCUGACGAUGAGCCGGCUUACAUCUACCGCGAGCCCCGGAGAUACUCUUCCACAACUCAACGCAAGCCAAGGCCGACCACUGAUCAUACUACUUUCUUUUCUCAGGUUCCUCCCAUCUACGAAGAAGAUGUCAAACGAUCGCGCUCUCGCCGGGCUUCAACUUCCACCGCCUCCAGGACUUCGCCUGCCAAGCCCAAGGUGGCACCGCCGCCGCCGGCGCCCAAGCCAACUCGCAAGGCGACCGAAGAAGAAGCACGCGCGGCCGACAUUCCCGCGGGCUACUCGAUCAAAAACUGGGAUCCGACCGAGGCCCCGAUCCUCCUGCUCGGCAGUGCUUUCGACGCCAACUCGCUGGGCAAAUAUAUAUAUGACUGGACCGUCUACCACCACGGCGCAUCCACUCCGAUGGCCGAGGUUGCCGGCGACCUGUGGCUUUUGUUGAUCAAGCUAGCCGGAAAAGUCAAGCGAGCGGACGAAUGCCUCGGCCGCGUCCGCCGCCCGGAGACCCGAGAGCUACUGAACGACUUUCUCGAAAGUGGCGAGCGCCUGUGGGCGCGCUUCAAGGCGCUGCUCAAGGACUGCGAGCAGUUUAUGUGGAUGGCGGCCAAGCGCGAUGCUGGCCCCAAGGCCCCUGUGUCCAUGGGCCGCAACGCCGGCUGCGAGUUUGUGGAGUCGAUCUUCGGCCGCGACCGCAAGCUGGAAGACACGGAGCAACUGAUGCACGGCAUCUACCUAUGGGACUUGCGAUUUGACGCGAACUGCGAGGCCAUACUCCGCCCGUCACGAUCAUCUAGCCGACGUCAAUCGACUGUUUAG